AUGUAGAAACAAUAACAGAUCAUUUAGUUUCAGUUUUUAGCUUUAGCAACGAAUAUUGAAGUAAGUAUUUAUGAUCAAGUGGAUAAGAUAAUAUAAUUUUAGUAAUUGAACAAAACAAAUAAUUGUUUUGAAAAAUUAGAUCAAAGAUACAAGUAGAUUAAUUUUGCUAUCCUCUUAUUACAUUUCAAUCUGAAAAAAGCUCUCAUUAGCAUUUGUAUAAAAUUAAUCAGAUAGGAGAAUUUUAAUAAACAAAAAAUAAUGAUGUUACUGAAGAUAGUUAAUAUCGUCUUUUACUUUUUCCAUUUUAAUACAAUUUCAGUAAGCAUCUCAUAGCCACAAAGAAUGGAUGAAACCUAAAUAUUAUAAGGUGAAUUCAUGAUCUUUUUUUAUUAUAAGAAUCUAUAAAAUUUGCAGAUUCAUAUAUUUAUGGGGUAUUGA